AUAUAGACUUGGUAUAGAAGUACGGUCACGGGUUAAAUUGAAGGGACAGGUAUAGUGCGUUAUAGGUCUCUCCUAUGCAGUCUUGGGGGACAGCUAUAGUGUAGUAUAGGCUCUACACGUAUUUCAAAAUGGGACCCCGGCGCCAAUACUGACCGUCCUUCUAUACCAAGUAUAUAUUCGUUGGCUAUAUGCACAUACACAAUUGGGGGAAGAAGAACAGACUUGCACAGGCAUCACACUGCACUGCACGACAUUCCACUCCUGUGCGGGAGAAAGCGGAGACGCACGCGUGCGAAAAAGAAAACAACGUAUACAUAGCGUGCAUUGUAAAUAUCGAGAGUGCAGUAUGUGCGCGUCAUUCACCAUCGUCUUCCACAGACAGAUGAUCGGUCGUCGCCGCGGAUUCCCGUCGUGAUAAGCACUCUCGCAGCGGGUCGUCGCGUCUCGCUUAUCGACGAGAAUCACCUAACCUCCGAUUCAGAAGUACCUAUAUAUAUAUAGUCUUGUUGUAUAUACUGCGUAUACCUACAACAACCUACAAUACAAUACACACCUACGUAGUUUCUGCAAGUUCAGCGACGUGCAGAUCCACACCACCUGUGAUAACAAAAGUCAUUCCCGAAGGUAUUUUUAUUUUUCUCAUCGUCGUGGAUCUUACGGACUAUCAGCUUCCAACUGACAGCUAGAUUGUGCGAGUGAAGGGGCUAAAAAGUGCGCUUCCUAAAAGAUUUGUAUCAAAGUCUAUCAUUGGUAUAAUUUAAAAUGAACUACGAAGUGAAUAGACUGCGGACCUUCCUGGACUGGCCAGCCAAUUGUCCUGUCAGUACUGCAAGAAUUGCCAAGGCAGGCUUUUACUACACUGGAACGGCACAAAUAGCCCAAUGUUUUUUGUGCGGCACUAGAGUUUCUGAAUGGAACUUUGGUGAUCAGGCAAUGGCUCUUCAUCGAAUAGCCAAUCCAGAGUGUCCAUUUGUUUUGGAUCCUAUUGCUACUUGCAAUGUGCCGCUGAUUCUCAUGGCUGAUGAAUCAAUAAAUCCUAAUUCCAUAGAUAAUAAUCAUAAUGAAAAUAGCGAAUCAAGUGCAGGAGGUGUGACACAAUUAGAGAAUGCUAUAACAGAUCUCGCAAGGUAUUCUCACAGAUUGAACACAUUCAGAAACUGGCCCAUCCCUGCAAUUGUUUCACCAGAAAGACUAGCCAGAUCUGGAUUUUAUUAUCUCCAACAAGCAGACAUGGUUGAGUGUGCUUAUUGUCAAGGCGUUAUAUUGAAAUGGGAACCUGGUGAUGAUCCUGAUCGAGAGCACAGGAUACACUUUCCUAAUUGUGAUUUUUAUAUGAGAGAUGGAGCAGCAUAUGAUGUGUCAGCUGAAAAAGUGGAGCUGGGCAAUGUCAAGUUAAUGCCUGGUACGACCUCCAACUUCACAGAGUUGGGAAUACAGCAUCAUUCUGCUCCAAGGCAACCAAAACAUGCAACAUAUGAAGGCAGAUUACGUACUUUUCAAGGAUGGCCAAGCAACUUACGACAGACUCCAGAAAUGUUAGCAGAUGCUGGAUUUUAUUAUGUUGGGGCACAAGAUCAAGUUAGAUGUUUUCAUUGUGAUGGUGGCUUAAGAAAUUGGGAAGAAACCGAUGAUGCUUGGAUAGAGCAUGCUAGAUGGUUUCCUAAAUGUGGAUAUGUUGCUUUAGUAAGAGGACAGGACUUCAUAAAGCACUGCAUUGAACAUAGGCCACCUUUAGAUCCCGCCAUAUUAGGCGUUCCUGAUGAGAAUACGGAUAUCUAUACAACCCCACCAGUGUCUCCUGCAGUUGAACCUUCACAGCUACCAAUUCGGCAAGUUACAGAUGCAGAGUUGGAUUCACUUCUUGGCUCAGCACCAGCUGUGGCAGCACUUGAAAUUGGUUUGCAUGUGGGCAGAGUUAAAAUGGCAUUGAAAAGAAGAAUGGAGCAGACAGGGGUACCAUAUGCAAAUGCUGAUCAACUAAUUGAAGAUGCUACUCAAAUACAAUUAAGAGAAGAAGAUAAUAUGGCUAGUAGAAGGACACCUGCUACUCCAUCUGAGCUGACUCAUUUGUUGAAUCAAAUCAUAACAAUUGCUGAGGCUGCAAGUAGCUCAAGUGCUCCAACUGAAAAUACGCCUAGUAACGAAGGAGAACAGAGUGAUAAUAUUCAGAGAAGGAGACGAAGGCGGCCACCGCAUGAAGUGGAAUCGGAAACUCAAACCGACGCCGAUGAACGUACAGUUAAUGCUGAAAAAGCUGUUGCUUUGGAAGAAGAGAAUCGAAGAUUAAAGGAGGCUCGACAAUGCAAAAUUUGCAUGGACAGAGAGGUCGCCGUUGUUUUUCUGCCUUGUGGACACUUAUCAACCUGCGUAUUUUGUGCGCCCUCUCUCACGCACUGCCCAAUGUGCAGGCAAGAUAUUCGUGCUACUGUUCGCACAUUCUUGGCUUAAGUCAACAAAAUGGAAUCGACGAUGUAAAAUGCAGUUCUAUAUGAAACUACGUCAAUUCAUUUUAUCGAAUUGGUUUGAUUGUGACUAUUAUGAAGUUUCCAUGAUACUUGGUGAGUUAUACUUUUUUAAUUUCCAUAGGUUGUAUCAAAUCCUCUCAAACGACUUGAGUGCAAAAAUGGCUUUUGCUAUGCACUAUAUGGUAUUCUCAAAUUAAAGUAAAGCUUACCGACAUUUAACAGUGUGUGGUAUAAGCUGAUUAGAUGGGAUAGAAAAUAUUAAAAUAUUGGAAAUACAUGGAGCAAUUGUUGAGUGUUCCAUUUGCCAUGCAUGAAUUAAUAGAAUGCCAGUUAAGGAAUCGUUACUACAAUUGAAAGAUAUAAUCUUUAUGCUGUUAACAUAAUUGAAUUUACAUCUAUUUUAUAAGUAAAAUUCAUAAUCUUACAUGUAAGAUUAUGAUUUUUACCAAUACCACAAUUUAUUUAGCAACAUUUUUUGAAUAUAAAAUUCAUCAAAUUGUUGAUGGUGGAAUAAAUCCAAUCUACGGAUGUAGAGGUGCUACUACAAAGUGUUAAUCUUCUUUAAUGAGAUGAAGAGAUUAACUUGGUUUUAUUAAUGCUGAGCUUAUAUUGAGUCAUGGAGACACUGAAAAUGCACCUGACAAUAUGUUUUAAGUAUUACACAAAAAACAUUCAAACAAAUCUAUAUACCUUCUUUCUAAUGUAGCAUUAGAGGUGAUUGUAUACAGUUAUUAUAAAAUAUUUAUUUAUUUUGAAAUUACAAAAUAAGAAAAAUAUCAAAGCGAAACUUCAGCUAGACUGAAUCCACAAUAUCAUAAAGAUAUUUUUACUGCUUUGUACACAAGAUUUUUUCUCGGAUACGAUUACGUCACAUUUUUAGUAUUUUUAGUAAAAAAAAGUACAAACAAAGAAUACAAUAUCUUUAUUUUGCGAUAUUGCUUUAAUUAAGAAUUCAGGAUACGAUAUUAUAUACCGUUUUUAUUUAUGAUAUUGAUAAAUUAACUUACAUUACUUUGCAAUAUUAUUAUUUUUACGUUUAAAAUAGAAAAAACAUGAGCGAUUGAAUGUUCCUGCAAGUUGUAUAUAUUUUUUCAAAUCUCUGAAGUUUGAUGCUGUGCGUUCCCACGCUUAAGAAAUCGUGAUAUGAGAUGUGACUUUACAACGCUUAAACCCUAGGUAUAAUAUUUAACUCGUGAUGUGAGUUUACUUGUUGAAAACUUGACAUAAUUGCAAAGUUAUAACAAAAAUAAAAAAUAAACUAAUUAGUCUAUAGUGAA